AUGGCAGUGAUCAAUCAGCCUUCGGGCCAGAUCAAAUUGACUAAUGUUUCUAUGGUUAAGCUAAAGAAAGCUAAGAAAAGAUUCGAAGUUGCAUGUUAUCAGAAUAAAGUUCAAGAUUAUAGGAAUGGUGUAGAGAAAGAUUUGGACGAAGUGCUUCAGAUCAAUCAAGUGUUUAUCAACGUAUCCAAGGGCCAAGUUGCUUCGAAGGAAGACUUACAAAAGGCAUUUCAAACUACGGAUGUCGAUGCGAUCAUUAAAGAGAUUUUGUUUAAGGGAGAAAUCCAACUCUCUGAGAAGGAAAGACAAUUGCAAUUGAACAAAAUCAACAAUGAAAUGCUAACUAUUAUCAGCGCUAAGUGCAUCAAUCCAAAGUCUAAAAAGAGAUAUCCCCCAACAAUGAUUCACAAGGCUUUGUUGGAACUAAAAUUCAAUGUUGUCGUUAACAAGGCAGCCAAGCUACAAGCUCUAGAAGCCAUCAAAUUGUUGAUUGCUAAACAGAUUAUUCCAAUCGCAAGAUCCAAGAUGAAGAUCAAGGUAGCUGUGAACUUGGAGACUGCAGGAUCAUCAGAACUCAUUGAACAAUUAAAUACUCUAAUAAGAUCUGGCCAAACAAGUCAAACAGAAACAGCCUGGACAAGUAUAGGGUUAAUAGAUCCAGUGGCAUACAGGGAACUUGUUAACAUCUGUAAUCAAAAGGCAACAUUACAAGUGUUAGAUAUGGCUGUGAUAGAAGAGUCUAAUUAA